GCGCAUGGGGCCCCUGGCGCGGUGAUCCCGGCUGGACAAGAGCAGCGCGCAGCUUGCACCAGUCCCGGGCAGAUGUCCCAGGUGAGCGGCCAGCGCCCCUCUCGCUGCGACGCGUCCCAUGGAGCCCCCAGUGCAGCUCCCGACCCAGCCCAGACCCUGCCCCUCCUACCUGAGCUGGAGUUAGAAGCAGGAUGUGCUCACCCUGCCAAAGCAGCAUCAGAGGAGGGCUCCCUGGAGGAAGAGGCACCCCCCAUGUCCCAAGGCAGUGGCCCUGGGGCUCCCCAGGCUCCGGACAGCACUGACCUCGAUGUCCCCACAGAAGCUGUGACAUGCCAGCCUCAAGGAAACCCCUUGGGCUGUACCCCAUUACUGCCAAAUGGCUCUGGUCACCCCUCAGAGCUGGGUGGUGGCAGGCAGGCGGGGAAUGGUGCUCUGGGUGGCCCCAAGUCCCACCGGAAGUUGCAGACACACCCAUCUCUGGCCAGCCAGGGCAGCAAGAAAAGCAAGAGCAGCACUAAAUCGGCCUCCUCCCAGAUCCCGCUCCAGGCGCAGGAAGACUGCUGCGUCCACUGCAUCCUGUCCUGCCUGUUCUGCGAGUUCCUGACGCUCUGCAACAUCGUCCUGGACUGUGCCACCUGUGGCUCCUGCAGCUCCGAGGAUUCGUGCCUCUGCUGCUGCUGUUGUAGCUCCGGCGAGUGUGCAGACUGCGACCUGCCCUGCGACCUAGACUGCGGCAUCCUGGACGCCUGCUGCGAGUCUGCCGACUGCCUGGAGAUCUGCAUGGAGUGCUGUGGCCUCUGCUUCUCCUCCUGAUGCU